AUGACUUCAGUAUUGUACUCUCCCGCAUUCCACGGGAUUGCCAGUCUGCCCAACUUGGUUCUCUCACCUCUCGUCUCGGGAUCGUUAUUGCUGUCAAUCACAUAUCGCCCCGAUGCUGUGCAAGCCGCGCUCGCACACGUGGCCCGAUUCCUGCCACCACGUAUCGGAAGAGUACCUGCCAGCUUCACCACCGCCAAGGCAGUUCUGAAGGUGCUUGUCGUCUUGGGCGCGAUUCGCUACGUAAACCGGACAUUGAACCGGCUGGCAGCCAAUUCAUGGCGUCUCGGGGCUGGUAGCGGCUGGCAUUGGCCAGACGAGCUCGCCGUGGUGACGGGAGGCGCCAGCGGCCUCGGAAGAGACAUCUCGAAGAAGCUCGCGGCUCUAGGCGCGCGAGUGGCCAUACUGGACAUCCAAGAGCCGCCCAAGGAGAUGCUGCUCGACGAGCGCAUCACCUUCUACACAUGCGACGUGACGUCCACCGAGUCCGUCGCCGCGGCCGCCGACGCCAUCCGCCGAGAGCUCGGCCACCCGUCCAUCCUCGUCAACAACGCCGGCGUCGCCCGCUCGACGCCGAUCCUGAAGACGCCCGAGGACUUCCUCCGCCGGAUCUUCAGCGUCAACUGCAUGGCCCUGUGGUUCACGACGCAGCAGUUCCUGCCUCGCAUGAUCCAGCUGGACAAGGGCCACGUGGUGACGGUCGCGAGCAUAGCAUCCUUUGUCUCGCUCGCCACGGCCGCCGACUACUCUGCCACCAAGGCCGGCGCGCUGGCCUUCCACGAGGCGCUGGCAAGCGAGAUCAAGCACCAGUACAAGUCGCCGGGUAUCCUGACCACCGUCGUCCAUCCCAACUUUAUCGACACCCCGCUCAUCCAGGACUUUUCUGACCGGCUUCAGCGCAGAGGGGUUCGCAUGCUCACCAGUGACCAUGUUGCUAGCCAGAUUGUGUCACAGAUAGAGAGCAAGAGGGGAGGUCAGUUGUUCAUGCCAGAGACGGCCUCGGCCAUCUCGGGGAUCAGGGGGUGGCCGUCGUGGCUCCAGGAGAUGCUUCGAGAUACUAUUGGGCGUAGUUCAUCGGACCGUUAG